AUGCUUUCGUUAUUACACCUCAUCCUGGAGAUUACCUUGGUUUCGAGUGUUUUUGCAGCCGACAUAUCCAAUAUUGCGUUUUCCAAUCUUCAAUUCAAAUCUACAGAUAUAGCAAUUCCAUCUUUAGGAUGGAUUACUACGUUUGAUUUUGACAUCAGUGAUGCGUCGAAGAUCCAACAGGGAGAUUCAUUCUCAAUUUCUCUUCCUUAUGUUUACCGCAUUAAAUUUGAAAAUGAUGCCCCAAAUAUGGACGUGUCUAUGAAGGAUGGUACAACAGUUUUCAACUGUUAUGCCUCCCAACAGGCUGCCUAUAAAUUUUCCGAUUCCAUUUUGACCUGUUUUGCCAUCAAGGAUCUGACAAUGUAUGAAGCCAUUUCUGGUACAAUAUCGUUCCCGCUAAACUUUAAUGAUGGUGGUUCCAUUACUCAGAACUACCUUGAUGGCGCUAACUUUUUUAAAUCAGGUUCAAUGCAGGUUUCUUUCAGUGAUGAGCUCUCUGCGCCCAUAACUUUUGACCCUGUCCACUUCAACGGGAAUUCAUAUACCAUGGGUCGCACUACUACUUAUGGUUCCGCUGAAAGCUACCAUCUCGGCAUGUCCUGUCCAAAUGGUUACUUAGUUGGUGGGGAAGAAACCAUUUUCUAUGAUAUGAAAAAAGAAGGAUAUACAUUGGAUUGUCCUUCUGUUCAAGUUGGUGUCUCGAGUAACUUCAACGAUUUUUUACUGCCAAAGGACAUCUCAACUACAAACCCAGAUUAUGUUUGUAAUAGUGCAAAGGUUAGAGUACAAGUCGGUCAAUUACAAGCAGGAGAGAUGGUCUUCAUAGACGCUUUGCAAGCGCUUCCAGAAGGGCCUCACACUAUUUAUCAUAGCAUUACAGCUGCUUACACUUGUAUGGACACCAAUGCAGGGACGACAUAUACCACUGAUAUCGAUACAGUUAACCUGAUUUACGCGACUCAGGCUGCUGAUGAAGGUCACGCAUCUGUUCCUUCAAGAAAGCCGCCUACAGUGACUACCACGACGACGGUGCCAUGGACUGGUUCAUACACAACGACUUACUCCACGGAGACUACUGAGACGACGAACAGUGGGUCCACAACGCCCGAGAUCAUUAUCCAUGUGGAGACGCCAAACCCACCUGUGUCUUUGAAUACCUUGACUACCACGACGACGGUGCCAUGGACUGGUUCAUACACAACGACUUACUCCACGGAGACGACUGAGACGACGAACAGUGGGUCCACAACGCCCGAGAUCAUUAUCCAUGUGGAGACGCCAAACCCACCUGUGUCUUUGAAUACCUUGACUACCACGACGACGGUGCCAUGGACUGGUUCAUACACAACGACUUACUCCACGGAGACGACUGAGACGACGAACAGUGGGUCCACAACGCCCGAGAUCAUCAUUCAUGUUGAGACGCCAAACCCUCCCGUGUCGGUGCAUACUAUGAUUACUACGACCACAACGAACAGUUUGAUUUCAUUCAACGUGUCUACAUGUUCUAGUCAGCAAACUUCUAAACCUAGACCAUCUUCUCCUAGUUUGAGUGCUAAGCCAAGCACGUCAACAAUUGAGAGAUCUAGUACUGUUUCCGUAUCUAUUCAAAGUAAGCUAUCGCGGUCCUCUUCCAAUAUCUCAAGUAGGUUUUCAACAGAAACAAGCACUAAUCCGAAACCUCAUACGUCGUCGAGUCGCGUUGUGACUAUCUCUCCAUCGACAUUCGCUACAAGUGUAUCGAAAUUUUCAGAACACAAAUCUCUUACGACAUCAAACCACACAGUUUCAGUUGUUCCACCAGUCCCCUCAGUUUUAUCGGUAUCGGUGGCUUCGAGCAGUUCUCCUCACUUCCCAACACCUCUACGUUUGGAGGUGUCCUCUCUAAGUUCAAUGCCACCUAAUAUUGUAUUUUCUGGUGCCGCAAACUUUGACAGUUGUUACAGUUUUUCGUCACUGCUAAUGCCGUUGCUGUCUCUUCUUUUUCUAUAA